GUGGACUCCAGCCUGAAUCAAGGAUUGCGCUGAGUGUCUGACCAGAAAUGACGCCUGUUUGGCUGCUCGGUGUGAUGCUGAUUGUUUUUUCCAGACUCUGGCUGAACGAGUUCCUCCAGAAUCUGAGAGACUUUUGGGUACCCCAUUCAUGAAGAAAGCGAUACAGGAAGCCAUCGAGUGGGUGGACAGAUCCUACAAGAGCACAAGAGAGAACCACCGGGAGAAGCUAAGGAAACAGUCUCUGACGCCAAGUGAUCUCCUGCUCUUCUUCAAGCAGCCCACAGCUGACACCAGGCGGGUAGUGCGGGCGGCAGAAUACACUGAAACUGCGCUGAACCUCAUCCAGAAGAAAGUGCACCAGAUCCAUAGACGCUCACUCAAUGCAACAGAUUUGCUGUCGCAAGCUGACCUGGACACCAUAGCCAAGAUCACAGGCUGUGCCGCCACACGCCUGACCCCAAAGUGUGAGGACGACUGCUGGUCAAACAAAUACAGGACGUUCUCAGCUGAGUGCAAUAAUAAGAACAAUCCCCGUCUGGGUUCGUCAAAUACGCCCCUUGCCCGCUGGCUGCCGCCUCGCUAUGAAGACGGGGUCUCGCUACCCCUGGGCUGGACUCCGGGAAAGUUACAUUCAGGAUUCCCUCUGCCGCUGGUCCGCGAGGUGUCCAACAGCAUCUUAAAAAUCCACAACAACGAAGUGAUUUCAGAUGAUACAGCAAGUCAUAUUCUUGUGCAAUGGGGUCAGUGGAUUGAUCAUGACAUGACUUUGAACCCUCUGUCUGGCAGCCUGGAAACAUUCAAUGAUGGAAUCAGAUGUGAAAAUACAUGUGUACAACAGAGUCCUUGUUUCCCGAUUAAGAUUCCUCCAAAUGAUACUAGGAUUCCAGACACGAACACCUGCAUGCCUUUCUACCGCUCUGCUCCUGCAUGUGGUAGUGGCAAGCUAGGCACUCUAUUUGGAGAUGUGAACACACGGGAGCAGAUAAAUGCUCUCACCAGUUUCCUGGACAUGAGUGAAGUGUACGGUAGCACAGACUGCAUUGCAAACAAGCUCAGAAACCUCUCCAAUGAGCUGGGCCUUUUGGCUGUCAAUAAAGAAUUCACUGACAAGAAAUUGGAGCAUCUGCCAUUCAAUACAAUUUCAACCAACCUCUGUGGCAGACAAGAGGAAAGUUGCGCCAUCGAUAAAACUAAAACGCCGUGCUUUAUAUCUGGUGAUGUUCGUGUGAAUGAACAGCUUGGGCUUCUAGCCUUCCACACAUUGUUCCUCCGGGAGCACAAUCGUUUAGCCAGAGAGCUUAAGAAGCUUAAUCCCCACUGGAGUGGAGAAACAGUCUAUCAGGAGGCAAGGAAAAUCAUGGGAGCAUUUCAAGAGAUUAUAAUUUACAGAGAUUACAUUCCCAGGGUGAUUGGUGAGCAGGAGAUGGAGAAACAUAUCUCCAAUUACAAUGGUUAUGAUGAGACAAUUGAUCCCAGAAUUGCCAAUGUGUUUGCUACAGCAGCUUUCCGUUUUGGACAUCUGAGCAUUCAACCCACACUGUUUCGCUUUGAUGAGAAUUACCAGUCAGAUCCCACAAAUGGAAAUCUGAUGCUGCACAAAGCUUUUUUCACUCCGUGGAGAGCUAUCAAGGAGGGUGGAAUUGAUCCCAUCCUCCGAGGAAUGAUGGGUAAUCCUGCCAAACGACAAAUUGCAGGAAAGAUGAUGCCAGAUGAGCUGAGGGAGAACCUCUUUAAGUUGACGUCUCACCUGUCACUGGACCUGGGGUCACUGAACCUGCAGCGAUCCCGCGACCACGGAAUGCCAGGGUACAAUGCAUGGCGAAGGUUCUGUGGCCUCUCAGCUCCCAGGAACGUAAUUGAACUUACGCAAAUUGUUAAGAGUAUGGACCUGGCAAAGAAACUCCUCUCCCUGUACGGAACUCCAGAGAACAUCGACGUGUGGCUGGGAGGCAUCUCAGAGUCCUUCGUGCAAGGGGGCCGGGUUGGACCCUUGUUUGCCUGUAUAAUCGGAAAACAAUUCAAGAAACUGAGAGAUGGAGACAGAUUCUGGUGGGAAAAUGAAAACGUUUUCACAGAGCCCCAGAAGUUGGCCCUGACUUCCGUUUCUCUGUCCAGAAUAGUCUGUGAUAACAGCAAUAUUAAAACCCUUCCUCCCGAUGCGUUCAAUUAUGCCCCAAACCGACAGGGACAUGUCACGUGUGACCAGCUAAAACGUGUGGACCUGAGUGCCUGGAGAGAAGAUGUGGAGGUCACACCCUGCGGCUCUGUUCCUGUGAUCGCUCACGGAUUUUUCUCCCUGUGUAUGUCCUCUGUGAGGUAUACUUGUGCCUCUGGGUUUCAGAUAGCAGGCGGGGACACCAUCACCUGCCUGGGCAAUGGGAAUUGGGAUUCUGCACCUCCCAUCUGUAAAGAUGACCCUGAACACGUUUAUGGGGAGAAUAGCAAUGAUUCAACGACUUCAACAGGAUCCAGUUAUGGGACUGGGGUUGUUGGUCCCCCUGGCCCCAAAGGUGACAUGGGACCCCCUGGGCUCCUCAAGAAAUCAGCCUUUUCUGCACAACUUGCUACAGACAAUGUAACACCUAAUACAGCAAUCCCAUUUGUAACUGUGAUCUAUAAUGACAAUACGGGCUUCAAUCCUGCCACAGGUAUCUUCACCUGUCAGACAGCUGGUGUCUAUUCCUUUUCUUAUAAUAUUGAAGUGCACAGAAGGGCGAGCAUCAUCCUAAAGAAAAAUGGCAACACAAUAAUCACUUCCAGGAUUGAGGAUAGAUCCAGAGCCAAUGUCAUGUCAGGAAACAUCAUCCUUUCUCUGGCUGCUGAGGAUAAAGUCUGGUUGGAGGCUCCAGAAACAGGGGAAAUGAUACACAACCUAAGUUUUUUUAUGGGCUUUUUGAUUUAUACGCUUUGAUAAGUGACCUUUUCUUCUAAUCAUCUAUUCCUCCAGUAAAGAUUCUGAGCAGUAGAACAUAGCAACUAUCUGCCUUUAGAUAUUUGUGAGGUAAGGCUAUCAAGGGAUAUGGGGCAAGGGUGGGUAAUUAAGAAUUGAGGUAUGGUUCAGUAAUGAUCCUAUCUGAGCUGCAAGCUGUUCCUGCAUCUUUUUAGAAACCUGUAUAAACACACAAAGGAUUUUCUCUUCAGAGCUCUGACCCAGGGAUUUAUCAGCACCAGAACUAAACCCCUUCCUUCCCAACGCUACACUGAAGAAGACUGCAGUCAAUUCUAAAUCAUGUGUGUGUUUGAGGCGCUGAGGAAGACAAACAAUGCGAUUCCAGGCAUCCAGACUGGUGAGAAAAUAUAGACGCAUGUUUGCUGCAAGGAUUACAAAUCAGUCUGAAAAUCUAAUAGGUUUGGCACAGCUUCUCACACAAAGAGAUUCUGGGUAAAGAUAUUGAGAAAAGUGGGGAAAUGCAGGGUAAUGCAAUUGAAGGAAGUUGCCAUAGAAUUAAUAUGGGAGCAGGUUUGAUGGGCUGAAAGACCUCCUGUUCUAAGGUUUGUAAGUUUCUAAUCUUUGCAGCAAAACCGUACACUUUCUCACUGCUCUUGAUUUGUGCAAUUAUCUCCCUGUAGCAUCUCUAUAAAGUCUACUAUAAGUGGGUGUGUCACUCGCCAAUUGCAAGCAAACUGCACAGGAAUGUUUGUCUCAGGGAACCUGCAGAUUCCAAAGUAAAGGAAAAGAUUAAUCUUCCUCAUUAACUAGUUACUGUAGGUGCUAAAACGUCUUUCCUGUAACAACCAGCAGCACCAUUCUCUUUAUUGAGCUGUGAUCAGGUUAAAACGUGAGUUUGGUUAACAAACCAAUACUUAUUCGACAACAGGAAAGAUGAGGGUUCCCUCUCAUUUGGUUUAAUUGUUACCAUAGGUUUAUUGCCCAUUGUUAUAUAUGUUCUGCUAUAGCCAACAUCCCAAUAUCCCAUCAGAGACGACAACAGGCAUCCAAUCCAACCUCUGGGACAGCCAAUCACCAUUCUUCCUCCAGCUGCUCUGUUCAUAAUCAAAGCAGUUAAGGAACUGAUGUGCGGUCUAGAUUUGCAGCAUGACAAACACCUUCCCAGCACAUGCAUGUAGUUUCUUGAGGUAGAACAUCUCACCUUUGAAAUAUUGAUUAAAAAUAUAAGUAUAACUGUUUUGAUUUAUGCUAUUUGUUAAUUAGAUGUGUUUUGUAGUUUUAACAUUCAGAAUGUUAUGAGCAGUUGUAAAGAAUGUUAAUCCAGCAAAAUAUCAGCCAAUUGGAUUAAUUGGGCUGGAAACAGAUUGCCAGAACUGUCCUUUUCUAAGUCUAUGUUUCUGUGAAAACUCAAUUUUAUGUAAAUUUUCAAAGCUACAAAAUAAAAAUAUUGCACCCUGA